CGCGCACCACCCGUAAACCCCUCAAUUGCGCCUCGUCACACAUUCCGCCCAACUCCACAAUGAACACAAUAAAAUCGGUAUACUACGGCUGGGGCGCCCUCAUCGUCGCCGGCGGCGGCGCCUACUACUUCGCCAAACGCAGCAUCAACGCGGACCGCGCCGCGAAAGCCGAAGCGGAGCGACAAAAGCGCCUCGCGCAGCACCAGCUGGAAGCCGCCUACUUCGGGCCCCGGCACCCCGCCGACAAAUCCUCUUCCUCCACGCCGUCACCGGCGGUGCCGAAAUCCGUAUCUAGCGAGGUGGCCAAGCUGCAGCAGCGGGCUGCAAGGCGAGACGAGGACUGGGGCGCGCAGGCGGACGAGGCGAGUAAUCCGAGCAAGGAGGCGAGCAUGGAUCCUGCGCCGACGAGGCAUGCGCCGGAGGACGAGGCGCAGAGGAUGCGGGAGAAGAGCAAGUAUGAGGCUAGUGAGGUGUUUCGGUCGAGGAAGGGGGAUCGGUUUUCGUGAGGUUUGGGGGAAGGGAGAUAUCUGCGAGUUCUGGAUGGAUGGAUACAAAGGUUCUGCGAUACCAUGACAGCGCCCAGCGAAUAGUCCACGGGACGUGCAGCUUCCAAGGACUGGCGAUUCAGGUCGAUUUACAUUGUACGUGUAUUACGGGCGAUGGCUUUCUGGGCUAUGAGGAGUUGCCUACAUGGCGCGAACGAUAAUGCAUUCGAUUCCACUCUUUGUAUUUCUAUCGUGUACAAGGGUCAUAUGCAAAAAGCCUUGCUCGCAACAAGGGCUUUAACAAGCAAAAACAGGCCAAUUCGCCAACCAUGUGCGCCA